GUCAUAAUCGGCUCAGUCAUCCAAAUACCGUCAAUUAGCACCGGCCGCUGUCCGCUUGACGAGAGGAUAUUGGAGCCGUGCCGGUGCCGACACAAUACGGUUAUUACGUGCGCCGAUCAUCGCGAGUGGUAUAGCUUGAGGCACGUGUUUGCCGAUCUCAGUGCACACCUACUUGUGAGUGCCGACAUUGAUAGCGGACAGGAAAGUGACCGACACUUUCAACAGUUUAUAUUCGAGAACUCACUGAUCGAGGAAUGGGAUGACAAUAUGUUUUCGGAGAUUAUGUUCGAAAAUAUAACGAUUUCAAAUGCCAGACGACUGGCCAAACUGAAUGCCCAAGUUUUUGGCAAUCAUACUGUUUGGACAGUUAGAUGGUUUAGCGUCCAGGGCCAGAGUCAGCUGGGCCGCAAUCAUGUUACCCAAUUGUUUGAUGCAUUAAGUAGUCUGGUUAAUGCCAGAGAAAUACAUUUGGAACUACCUGAGCUCCGGGCACUGCCCAGUUUUGCCCUGUUUAGUACGGCAGCCAGAGGACCGCAAUCGCAGCUCCAGGUGCUCAGCCUACAGGCCCCGCGUGUGUCGACAAUACCCAACUAUGCCUUCUACGAGCUAAGCAACUUGCAGUGGGUUCGUGUACGUACCGAUCGUUUGGCACGUGUUGAGGCACACGCGUUUGAUUUUGACUCUACUACUACUAGCGCGCACCGCGUGUUGUUGACCAUUGACUUAGAAUCGAAUCAGUUGAGCACCGGUAGCCUAGAAACGGGUAGUUUUCUACAUACCAAACGGCCUACUAGUUUGCGUUUGGGUUACAAUAAUAUUACUCGACUCGAGGCUCAUACCUAUCGGCCGUUUAUCAGUACUAAUCCGUCAAAUGUGAUCGAUAUGACUGGGAAUGCCAUCAAAUGUGACUGUAGUAUAGCGUGGCUGCUAUUGGAUGAUCAGCGGCACCUAUACCGUGAUAGAGUAGUAAACGCCCGGUGCAUGGAUCCGGUAAUUAGUGGUAGUGGUGUCCACCAACCAAACAUAUGGUCACUGAACGCUACCGAAUUCAAUGGGUGCCAAAAUAUUACCACUACCGGUGCCGAUAGUACCGAUGCCAAUCAUACGGAAUUUAUAUGA